AUGAAUGAGCAGUGUGAGGUUUGGUAUGGUGUGGCAGCAGAGACUGUUGUUCUCAAGCUUUUGAGGCCCUCGUCAGGAUAUUCUCUUUAUUCUUUCCUCGGUGGACAAAUCACACCAUCGGACUUCCACGAGGAAGAACAGACACUCAGUAUCUUCUUUGACGCAGACAAUCAAUUACAGGAGAUUAUAGCUACAGUAAACAACAGUACAGAGAAGUUGAGGAUCAUCAAACGAGGUCUUGAAGUAGCUGAUAUAAUAGAACAUGAAGAAUGGCUUCUAAGGAAGGAGGAGUUGAGACAAGAUGACACCGGUUCCUUUGAGAUGCCACCCCCAUGCCCAUUUGAGGUGCUUCGGUUUGAGUUUACCAACAUCCAGCCGUACUCCAGAUUGAAACAGUAUAAGUUGGAAGCGCCGUAUGUUUCAUUUAACGACAGGCUUCAUACGGCGGAGUCUUUGAAGGUCUAUCAAGCCAUAGUGCACAUUAUGAAAUCCCUGGAUGAAAAUGCUCCUCUGGAGGUGAAUGAGUUGACCAGGUUUGAUCCCGUGAAUGCUUGGCGUCAGAGUAAACUUCCACUGAUGCCCUACAAUGACUACAUCUUCAGGAACCAUCUACUAGAGUCUCAAAUAGCUAUAUCCCCAUUGGAAUAUCUUAAGUUAAAUGAUGACAUUGAUGUUGAGGCAACUUCUGUGAUGCCGGAGGAAAUCUUUCUGGAUCAUUGUGAGAUCUUUAGGUUCGCAGUAUACCUCACCGCUACAAUUAAUCAAGGAAACAGCACAUCGUCUCUAGAUGACCUGCGGCUUUCAGUGCUUGUGUCCGAUAACAAUCUCCUCCAAGUAUCCACCAACAGGGAGGUAUUUCAUCUCAACAAUUCCGUGAAGUAUCAGGUGGAUGUGGCGGAUAGAGGAAACCUGGGUAGCCAGUCAGUGCCUGGUGUUGGUUUAAGACCAGUGUCAGUUACAUUCAAUGUAUGGAACUCUCCCUUGAACUGUUUCACUCAUGAUGUUUAUAGCGGCAAUCAGUUACAGGGAACCAAAAGUCUAAGUGUUCAACUGGGUUGCCCUUCUGGUAGACAUCUAGUCUUUGACGUUGAUGGAACAUUCCAACAACUACGGACGUCGUAUGCGAGCAUAUAUGACUGUCCGAUACCAGAUCCCAAGUAUCCAUGCUUCUAUUACAAGCAAGAGUUUAGUCCUGUUUUCCGCCUGUUGGAUCUAGCAACAGGGAGAUCCAGUUUGUUCACUGGGCAGUAUUCAAUGAUUGUGAUUGGUGGUAGUGUGGACAAUCCAACCAAUGCAGAAUACUUCAACAAUCAACAGAUCGCUCAGUAUAAUGUACAAAAUGGAUCGGGACCUAUCAUAUGGAAACCAGCCGAUGUAAGAAGUCACGGUAAUGGUUCAGUUCCGAUCUUCACUCAUGAGUACAGUGGGAUUCUCUGGAACUGUGAGCAAGGAUCGCCAUGCGGCAGUGUUCCUAUGAACUUCCCCUGGCCACCAGAGUACUACUUCGUCAUCCAAGUAACAAACAGAGAUGUGGACUCUGACUCAACCUAUUGUGAAUAUACCACGCAGUUCACGAUAAAAGUGCAUGGAUUAGAACUCAGUAAAAAUGAUUUAGUGAUCAUAGUUGGGUGGUCUUUGGGGAUAUCGUUGUUAAUCAUCCUGAUCUUUGUAUGCUGCAAUCGAGCCAAGAGAAGACCAAAGAGGAAACCUCGUCCCCGUAGGAAGAGGAGUAGAGUAGCCCCGAUGCCAACCAUUAGGGAGUCAGAGUUAUCAGAUGACAGCGAGACUGAUGAGGAAGUUCUCAAUAUAGAAGAAGGUUUUGGUUUAGGGGACAUCUCGCGUGUCAACGUCAACACACCUGGUGUUUUGAACGACCCAUCCAGAAGUUCCCAUCAAUCAAAUCUUCAUGUUCCAACCAUCAUUCCAAGACAUGUAACAUCUGAAAGAUUAUGAAAACUAUGAAAAUAGUAUCAGUCUUUUAACAGCCUUGACCAAAACUCGACGAGUAGAAACUUUUUGAGAGAAUAGGAAAAAAGUCUUAACAAGUACAGUAUCCGCUGCUAAAAUAUGUGAUUCAACCUAGCCACUGGAAUAGCUCAGUGGCAUAGUAAUAAGACAUCUUCUCCAGAAUGGGCAAUGGUCUUGAGUUCGAAUCCAACACGUGUAGUAUGCCUGUGAAUUUUAUCCACAAGACUUGGGGAAAGUACCGAAUAAGGGGUGCUGAUAAUGCACUUGUUGUGUAAAGACAAAAACCAAAAUGAUUCUUUAUACCUGAUGCAAAAUGAACAUUAAAUCGUUGCGGCAUGUUACCAAUGCUAAGAUGUAGGUUCCAAUGGCCUCAAGCCACAUGGCUAGCUCGAUGGCCUAGAAGUAAAACAUCUGCACCAGCAUAGCAAAGGUCAGGGGUUUGAAUCCCAGCCGAGUAAUGUGCCUGUGGUGUUUUGAAUAAUAGUAGUUAAAAAAAUCAAAGGGGGAGGAGGUGCUUGUUUUUUCGAAUCAAAUUAAAAACAAAAACUACAGGAAGGAAACUUUACACUUGUGUCUAAAUAAUAACUAAACGAAAAAUAAAUCAAGGAUUAGUCAAAUAAGUUACAGUGAUUUCAUUCAAGUUGAUCUAGGUAUAAGCUUCAGUUGAGGGAACCAACUUUUAAUUUUGUUUUCUACAAAUUGUUUUAAAAAGUGGUAUUUGACCCAAAAGAGUCUUUCUAAAAAGAUCUUCUUGAUUGGUAAGUAGUUUUUCUUUAUGAAAAUGAUUUUAUCUGAGAUAACAACUCCACAAUAAAAGAGAUUCCGAAGUUAAAGACACCUUCAAAUACUCAGGUUGAAGUUUGAUAUCCUUUAAAGCCAUUAUACACUUUCGGAACAGAAAAAAAAUUAAAGUUCACAGAUUUACAAAUAACUUACAGGGU